AUGUCUGGAAGAACACCAGAAUCGAACCCAGCAGGUUCUCCUCUGGGUGUAACUGGGGACAAGAAUGAUAACAGUGAAGUGAGAGCUAAUUUCUCUUCCCUGCAAUCAUCAGCAAUUAACUUGCCUUUGGAGCCCAACAGCAAUAGCUCACCUCAAACGUCACCCUUACUUUCAUCAACGCCCCCAACGGUGGCCAAAAGCCUCAUCAAGGCAUAUCCUUAUCUUUUAAUCGUCAACAAACUCUUACUGAUAUUCACUUGGACAAAUGAUGAUUACUACUUGAACUUGAUAGUACUUUGCUUGUACAAUUUCACAGUGUUGUAUUUUGAGACCUUGGUAACAUGGGUUGGGCAUUUGAUUAUUGUCGCAAUCAUUACCUUGUACGCGGUAUUAAAUCAAAAGAUUGUUGAAGAGACAAACCUUCACCCUACACUUGAUGAUGUGGUUCAAGCAUUGACCACAACUUGCAUUAAGGCAGAUAUGCUUCUUCAGCCAAUUACUUCACUUUCGUUGAAUGCUUAUGAUAUCAAAAGACUAUUAUUCACUACAGUUUUCUUGACUCCAGUUUAUUUAAUCGUUUCAUUUUUCGUUAUCCCUCCAAGAAUUAUCCUAUUGGUUAUUGGAAUUUACAUCUUAACUUAUCAUUCUGCCUAUCUGAGAGUUACUAGAAAAAUGUUGUGGAAAAUUAAAUUUGUUAGAUUGCUUUGCUUCUAUUUGACUGGGUUAGAUUUCCUGACAGCAAGGAAUCACGGAUUAUUUGCAGCAGCUUUGGCAAAAGUUAAGGCAAGCAACUUGCAGACUGCUACUUCUAGUAAUGGUUUAGCUGGAACCGAUGGUAAGCCAGUUAGGUUCACUUACGCUAUUUAUGAAAAUCAACGUAGAUGGCUAGGAAUUGGUUGGACUUCAAACCUUCUUUCCUAUGAAAGAACACCAUGGACUGAUGAAUUUUUGAAUGAAUCGUCAUCCAUUGAAUCUUUUACUCUCCCUAAUGCCGAAGACUCUAACUAUUCAUUCGGAUCCCAGCAAUCACUGCAACUUGUCACCAAUGGUGCAUCUUGGAGAUGGGUUGACAAGACUUGGAGACUUGACUUAACUAAUGAUGGAGCUAUCACAUUGCCAAAUAAUAAGCGUUCUAAGACUACUGCUAAUCCUGCUACUGACGACGGAUACAUUUACUACGAUAAUGUUUGGAAGAAGCCAACCACAGAAGACUCUUUUGGAAAAUACACUAGAAGAAGACGUUGGAUAAGAACUGCCGAAUUAGUAUUUGAUCUGGCCGUGAAUUCUCCAACUGUUGAAGUUUUCCCUUCAUCGACCUCCGAAAUUUCAAGUCCUGGUGAGAAUACUAGCCCUGCCGUAACUACUGGUGCUUCAUCUGCAGCUAGCCAAAAUUCGAGCAAGAGUACGAAGAGAAAAAGUUUAAGAUUUGUUGAAGAAGCUGAUGAAGAAGAUGAUGAUGCAAUUGCAGUAUCGAAACUGAACACCUCUAGUAAGAAAGAUGGAAUAUCGCCAACCACUUCAUCUAAUUAA